AUAAUUUCACUGGAGGCAGAUCUUCGUAAGUGUAACUCAAGUCUUCAGACUCUUACGGAUAAAAAUGCACAAAGCUUUUCCACGUUAGAAAAUAAAUUAAACAUUCUAUCCCAAAAACAUGCGGACAUUGAACAAAAGUAUAAAGAGCUACAGGAAAAAGUGUCGGAAACUGAGAUGGAGAUUAAAAAACAAGGCAAACUGGUGUGCGUCUUGAAAAGUCAAGUAAAGAGAACAUCAACUAUAUGAAAAAAGUGGAAAUCACGUCAUACUGGGUGGAUAUCCUUCUGGUGUGCAUAAUUCUAAUUUGCUGAUCACGAUCACCACUAUGACAAAAGGAAGCAAUAAUAGAAACACAGGUGUUGGUUUUGCGCCUGAUAAAGAUAAGGUCAUCCAAUUAGAAAAGAAACCAGCUGUGGUCAGCUUUAUUCUGUUUUCAUCUGAAGCCCACAAGAGACUGGCAGAUCACUUUCUUGAUGAUUACCAUUACAUCAUCGUACACAGUUCUCAAGACAUAUCAAAAAUCUACUCUAAGGUUGUUUACCUCUUUGUGGAUUUUAUCGAUCGCAAUAUCAUAUUGGAGGCCGAGACAGAGACCCAACAAAUCAAAAGGGAAACCGUAGAAACCAUAAGGCAUAUUGGAGGUACGCCAGUUGUGAUUUACAGACUGCACUCAGAAUCUAGGAAUCUAGAGAAUGGAAAGCUCAAUUCGGACAAAUUAAACUCAAUACAGAGUCAUCCAACUUUCCGAGACCUCUCAGCAAAUAACUAUGUAUUUAGUAUUGACAAAAAAUUUACUGAAUAUCAACGAACUAAUCUGACAAAGUUCUUGGAAAAUUAA